UUUCAUAAGUACUGAGUAUAAAGAUGUGCAUUCUUUUGGAGCUUCUGGCUUGCCAAUAAAGCACCUGUUCUGUAACAAGAAGCUGUUCAGUUGUUUACCGGAAGAUGAGCAGAACGUUUGUACUACUUCUCGUAGCUACUAGCUCGGCAUCCGCCUUGUCAGGAUGUGGCCAGCCGACAAAACACUAUUCUACGAUGGGAUGUACUCCCAGCAGCGAAACGAACGCCCAAGGUUGUCCCGUUAGCUACGACUGUCCGAACUUGACGAAUCGCAAAUCCGAUGCUUGCUAUCUGUUUGGCAAGGUCUUUGCUCCAAAUGAAAAGGUUCCACACUCGGAAACUGCGUCCGCAUGCAUUGCUAAUGUAAACUGCGUUAGCGAUGGAACUUCAAAAGCUCACUUCAUCCACACUCAUGAAGAUUGCGCAGAUUUUCUUAAACCUCGUAGCGAGCUGUGCGUUCGACAGUACAAGCUUGGACAAUGUUGUUCGUCGGGGGAUGUUUGCGGUGAUGAUCGUAAGACCUUGGUACAGUGUAAUGUUUCAGGCCAAUCCUACUACGAAGGUGAGCGACUCGCAAUACCCGGUAAUCCUUGCCGGAAUUGCAUAUGUGCUGCAGGCUUUGAUGAGGAAAAUCUUUCCAAUUAUGAACACUGCAUCGAAGAUAGAUGUACCUUUGAAGUUCUCGGGAAAACAGAUGGUGGCGCCAUUCCCGUGUACAAAGACGGCUCCUGUUGUCCUUGGGACUGGAGAUUGCCUGCUGCUACCGAUAAGUUGGUAAAAAGUGCCAUUGCUUCGAGUGAUUCCAGCCUUCAGUGCAAGUAUGGAGAAAUUAUAAUGCAUGUAGGAGAUUCCCUGGAACCAAUUACCACACUAGAAGGAACAUACACGUGUAGCUGUGCUAUUCCUCCACUCGCGUACUGCAGGUUUGUGGAGGCGGUUGGUAAUUGAUUUAUAAUUUGCUAUUCCGCAAGCUUUAGAAAAAAACAAAUAAAUGUUCAAUCAGGUAUAUAUUAGCUUAGCUUAAUCGCCCGAAAAAUACAAUGGAACAAAUGUAACGUUGAAUUUAGAAUUAAAAGUAUAUUCAUAGAAAAAACUAACAAACGUAGACAAUACGUGGGUUUUUUUGAAUAAUUGUGAAUAUUUCAGGUGUAGUAGGAACGCAUUAAAAUUCUAUCAUUUUUUAAAUUUUAAGCGUAUCUGUUGUUGAUGGCAAUACAUCGAUUGUAUUCAUCAACAUUCAUGUAUCAGCCAAAUAAAUAUCAAACGACGGUGUGGGUUUUUCAUAGCAAUAAUGUAAACUACGUAUUGUAUACACAGCUGUUUAAAGCAUUC